AUGAAGACUAAUCUUGAAGAAUAUAAUAGAAUAGCAACCGCUCAAUAUUAUUCUAAGAGCUAAGUAUAAUAAUGUAUAAAAAUCUUUAGGAAUUAAAAAAAAUGAAUAGAAGAGAGUAAGUUGGCAAAGCUUUAGAUAUUAACCCGUUAUUUGCUGAAGCUUAUGCAUUGUGA